GCGAAUGUUUUACGGGAAGCAAGAUAAACUUGUGCGUUUCCUUCGUCUCGCAAACGCGCAUCGAGGAAGAUAUACGAGAGCGAGAGAGAAAAUAUCACGGAUAAUUUGUAUGGAAUAUCAAACAUCCAUUACAUUAUAAUUGCCUCUUCUCUUCUCGGUUAAACGGAGACACGAUGGAGGAGGAAGGAUGAUUUAAUCGCCGAGGGACCGAAGCUGGCAAUUUUCCCGGCCGGUCGAGUGUCUGCGUGAGACCGAUUUCGUGAACCAAUGCCACCUGGAUACGCCAUUUUGAAAGUUGGCGCUUUUUUAAACGCGGAUCUACGUAACGGAUCGAAAAUAGACACCAGGAGCGGUGCGUGUACCACGAAACCGCAAGAAAAGUUGCCAGCCUCCCCAGACUUGGAGCACCUCGCGGUUGGGACUCAGCUUUGAACCUUAUCCAAUACGUCUUCCAGUGAUCCAGUACAGGUAUUCGUUCCACUAUACCAAUCGAGAGACGGCCUUGACGUGUUUUCUUGCCUUUGACGCGGCUCCUAUCUCUCAACAUGGAGAGAGAUUGACAACCGCCUCGACAAAUCGGUGCCGACCGCGUUCCUAACUGCCUCCCCCUCUCCCCCUCCGGGUGUGCGGUUCUUCGAUCGAUCGAUCGAUCGAUCGAUCGGGACCACCAUUCAUAGACCACACCGCGCGCGCAUCACGGAAUGACAACAUUAACACGAGGAUCGAUACUUUUUCUUCCCUCAAAGGAUUCUUCCUUUCCGUUUUCCGUUCCUUUUACCACCGACGGUCAAUCUAUUUUUCACGUACACACUCGUCUCUCGAUGACCAAUCGAAAAUAUUUUUGACCGGCCUUGUUGAUUUUGUUCUACAGAUUUCUUAGAAAUCGAUAAGAUUUCUUGAAUUAUUUUGCUAAGCUAAGCGGGGAGGAAUUUCUUUUUUUUAUUUUUUACGGUUUAUCUCUAUAGCAAGAUUUGAAAUAUCACGAGCGCAUAAUACUCGAGUAAUAAUAAUCGAAGAAUUCGAUUACUCGAGAUUCGUAAGUUUAUAAUUAUAUUUAUACAACAUCGCGAUUCUUUUGUUAUUUCUCGCGCAUUAAAAAGUAAAAUUAAACAAGGCAUGCAUAUCGACACGUUUAAUUUAAUUUCUUCUUUCUACUCUAAUCUGAAGAGCGGAUAAAUAAACCCAAUAAUAAUACGCGAUCCAAAAGUAAGCAAGUUGAUCGCAUGAACGUAAUUCUGCUAUACACGUUCAACUAUAGCAACUCGUUCGUACCUUCCAACAAAGAACUCUAUUCAAGAAUUCGAUUAUUGACCGUGCUAUCACGAUUAUUAUUUUUCCUCCAAUUGAUAAGAACGGAACGAUCAACGAUCAACGACGGGUGUCACGUUACCGAUAAAUGCAUCUGUUCACCUUAGGGAAGCGAAUUAUUAAAUGUUAGCCACGCCUCGUGUAUCGCGCGAAACGCAUACGAAUCGCGCUCCGUGGAAAUUUGCAUAUUAGGUCGGCCCGCGUGGUCAUUACCUGAAACCUAGACGAAGGAAUAAUAUAUCCUCCGUGUCUUCCAGUACCGCCUAGCGGAAUUAUUUUUAAUCGAACGCGCAAAAAAACACGGGGGGAAUAAAAUAUGAUCGCGAUAUUUCAUCGUCGCAUGCCGCUAGGAAGAAGAAGUUGGCCGGCUAGAGACCAAUCUGUGCGUACGUAAUUCAACGUGAAUGCCGCGUGAAUGGUGCUUGGCCCAUAAUAAUAAAUCGUGGAAUCAACGAGUAUAUGUAACAGGUACACAACGCGACAUCUCUUGCAAAUAGAAUUAAUCCGAACGGUAAAAAAUUACUCUUCUUAAUCGUAUCUAUUUAGAUGGAAGGAAAAAGAGGAAAAAAUUCCGUUGAAUAUUUAUCCACGAAUUUUCUAUCCAUUUUCUUUUAUUCGCAGCCCGAGAUUGCGACACCUCGUACGAUCGUUUCGCACGAAUAUUACCGAUUCGAGUUAUCUAUCUUCGCUAUUAACAUUGAUCGGAUUAUACAAGAUAAAAGAAAGAUUGAAAAAUGCAGCAUAAAUUUUCCUAUUCGAUCAAGAUUUUUGCGAUAACGGGAUUAUCUAAUCAACCGAUUGUAAAGAAAAUUAUUGACGAUUAAACAAUAUUAAUUGACAUACGACUACUUAAAAAAAUAUAUAUAUCGCGUAUACAUCAUCGUAGAUGAUCAAGGUAAACUCUCCUUCCAUCGUCUUCGCUUUAUCGAAAGUAACAUUGGAAUUAAUAAUAAGCGCGCAACGUGGAUGUGAAAAGAUGUGUUAAUUUAUCGAUACCCGCGAAAAUACCCGCGUUUGUUCUCCCCGUUUUAGCUCCCGAGGAAAAAUAAUCAUUCAUAGCCGCGUUUCAUAGUUGAAACAAGUUUCGCAACAGAUCAACCGUUCGAUCGAUUUUAAUAACAACGGGUCACCGUACACGAAUUAUCGUUCAACCAAUCAAUCGGUGGAAUCGAUCGUAAAUCGCGCCAAUUUUAAAUAAACGUUCUCCUCAUUAAACGCGUUAACAAAUAUAUUCGCCUACGCGUAAUAAUCCUUAUUGCGCGCAUAUCUGGAGUUUGCAGAGAGGCAAAAUAAAUCUGCAACGGCUCGUUUGUCUUUGCUAAACAAUCUCAACGAUGCAAAGGUCCGAGGGAAACGGGGUCAAGCCGGGAUACCUGUGUUCUAGCGCCUCGUGAUCGGAUCGGCUGUUACCGGCGAGAAUCGAAAACUCGAUUGUCCAUGAUAAAUCGACAAUAAUCGCGCGCAAUAAUCGAUAAUUCAUCGGAUCGUUACGCGCCGGUUAUUUUCGAUGGAAGCGGAGAACGAAGAGUUCAUCUUCGUCGCGGAUCCCAUCGGCGCGGUUUCGACGUGGAAAAACUGACGUCAGUCACCGUCAGUGAUAUUCUUCUCCUGCGCACGACGAAUACGUACGCGUUUCCAAGCUGAACGAGGUUAAAGAAGUCUCGUCGAGGAGCGAUUCGCGCGAGUGAAUGACCAUAAUCACGACGAUGCCUAUUAGAAAGCAAUCUCGCGUUCGACAUCGUUGCAGUCGUUAAUAACGCUUCACCCUUUUUCCUUUUUUUUUCUUUUCUUUUCUCUUCUUUUCCCAACCCGAAUGAUUUUCGAAGGAUUAUCCGCUCGUGGGAGAGACUCUGUUCGAACGUGUUGCCGCCGAUUGUUUUUGUGCGAAUCGAUGUCGACGGGUGCAUAUAUGUAUAUAUACACUCGUAUGCAAGCGGGAGUUGCAAAAUCACGAAUGCGGCAGGAGUGCAGAACGCGGUACAGUGAAUAGUUUUCCAAGAUAAAGAACCUUUGGAAUAAGGUUGAGAAGAGAGGGGAUUUUUCGAAAAGGGAGCCGGCGAAGCUGUUUGGAUAUAUACGAGAUUUAAACUCCGUUUCGGGGGGGAUUUUAAGCGUACGCAUGCCGGCAUUGCGACAUCGCUAAUGCAUCGCGAGUACAGAGAAUGCAGAGCCGUGGAUGCACUGCAAAAUUACGAGAGUAGAGAACAACGGGUGGAAUUCCCUCCUGCUUAUGGAAGUGGGCUCGAAACACGGGGGGGAGAGGAGAGAAGAGGAAACCGUAGGAAAAAUAGAUAUCUAACGAAACGCGAUUCACGCAGAUUAUGACGUCGUUACGUUCCAAAAAGAAGAAUCCAAUGAUUUUUCUCCGAAUCUUUCUCUCGUAUAAAUAAGAUUAUCUUCUUUAGAAAAAGAUCGCCGCACUCUUGACUAAUUCGUCGAUAAAUAUAACAAACAAGCUAAGUAUGCGCGACAUAUAUCAUUUUACCGUUUUUCUCGUUUCGUGUUUUUCCAAUGAGAUACAAUGAAAAUCGUUUUAACAUUCUAACUCGAUUCAAUUGUCGAUCUUAAAGAGGUAAAUUAAAGAGAAGAAAGAAGCCAACCCAAGAUUCCCAAGCGACCAAGGGAAUCGGUUUUCAAUUAUGAAUCGAGGAUUAGACGUUCGCGCUUAGAGACCCAACUAAUCGAGGCACGAUCCAGCAACAGGAUCACGAUACACCUGACAGGAAAGCACGCACGUACACCGAUCGUCGGUUGUUUGCGAAAUCUCUAAUGCACGCAUUGAGCGUGUUACAAACAUGCGUACACGCGGGCAGAAUCUCGUCGCGAAUGCAUUCACGAACCGAAGGACGUCGUCCGGAGACAAUGCGAGGUGCAGGGGAGGAGGUCGAGUCGCCGCGUGCCUUGGAUCCCCAUAUGCAUCGGAUCGUCGCGUUUACUCGCGCGACGAAGCUCGAGAAUGGCGACCACGAUCUCGACGACACCUUCAAGGCUUCCACCACCUCCUCUAUUCUUAUCUGUCGCGUUUAUUCUCUUCCCAUCUUUAUACCGUACUCGAGUUUCGCAACGAGGCCUCUUCAUUAGCCGGGCUUCGAGCUCGCUUACCUUUAGAAAACCGCGACGCGACCUUCCUCCUCGCGAUUUUUCUCCUUUCUGUCUCUCUUCUGUCUCCCACUUCUUUUGUGUCAAAGAAAAAAGAAGAGGAAGGUUCGUAAAGAAAUUCGCUGCUUUUUAUUUUUAGAAAUAUCUUUAGAAAAGUUGCGUUAUAGUCGAUACAGUUUCUAAUCCAUGAAGUGGUAGUUUCGCGAAAGAAAAAGAAAUAAGAAUGAACAAUUUUUAACAAUUGACAAUGAAUAAAUAUCUAAUCGUCUAAGAAGAUCUAACUAACCGUUCCGUUAAUUCUAUCCAAUUAUCCAUUCAGUAGUCAAGCAUCUAUUCAAAGCCUUUUAAAAAAAUAUUUAAUCGUAGCAUUAAAACGUACGAUCGGGUAUAUUCUACUUUUUAGAAGUAAAAUGAUUUAUCUGGACAGGUUGUUUGACACGUUGACAAUUAUUAAUAGAUAACAGGAGCGAAUAACAGAUUUCCAUUUGAAAAGUCGUAGGAUAGAAUUCGUCUCGCGUUAUGCCUGCCACGUGAACCGUGUAUCGCUCCGCGAUAUAUUUCGUAUUAUCAGCGUAUUGGGCGUAUGUCUGGCGUAAAACUGCCAGAACCGAUAUAUAUCCAUAAUGCUCGAACAAAACCGAGGCAAAGAGGAGGCAAAAACAACAUGGGAGAACAAUGAAGACACCUUGUACCAGGUACCGUUUCCGAAUUCACCUGAUAAAAAAAAAAAUGUACGGCGAGUCGCGUGAUUUACGAUGGAUCCGAUUCACCGCUAACGGUACGCGCCUCCGGAGAAUCGUUUCGAAAGGAAACGAAUGGAAACCCUUUUACUUUGCACUCCGUUUCGGAAUCAAAGCGAAAACGGAGUAAAUACGCACACACACACACGCAUAUAUAUAUAUACAAGUAUCGUAGGAUCAUCGUUCUCACCGAGUUAUUUAUAAAAAUUCUUCUUCUAAAAAAAAAAAGAAGAAAAUUACACAGAGAGUAUUUACGUAAUACGUAUAUAAUCGAAAUUAUCGAUAUCAUCAUCCUGCACGUUUGCAAAUUCCACGCCUCUUAUAGAGAUUAUGCAAACAUUCCCACGAUACGAUUCAUCCACACCUAAUCCAAAAUAAUCUCAUUUUUCCAGCGUUCUACAAACUACCUCGCUCGCAGCACCAAAUCAUCUCCCCAAAUUACCAUUCUCGCGAUACCGGAACCAAAAGGACCACGUUUCCACCUACCAUAUACAUAUAUAUAUACAUACAUAUAUAAACGAACUUAGCCCGACUCGGCAACCGACGGCAGAAGGAGAAGGGAAAAAGGAGCGCGAUGCCGGAAGUGAGCGCAAGAUCGUUCAUCCCGGCAUGUAAAUUCGCGCGGUAUCUAAUAUCGCGCGCAUUGUACGCUCUCCCCGAGGUCCGUGGCGCGGCGGUUAGAUUAGAAACGUACAAACGCGGAGGAUCUCCUUAAAUCAAGCGUUUUCUGAUAUCUCUGUUUGCUGUUCGCCGAAAGCGGGAAGAGAGGAAAGUGGGCGCGCUACCGAACACCUGAAACUCCUUCUUCCCCCCCUUCCUCUCCCUCGCCGGCCGUGCACGUAUGCACGUACGUAUGUAAAUGCGCGUCUUAUAUCUGGGAUCAGGCGGGUAUAUUACAUUCCCUGCGCUCGCGUCUGUGCCCGAUGCAUUGUGCGGGGCGCGUACGGAGAGAGAUUAGAGAGCAGCGCGAGGGCAGCAUUCCUCGUGGGGAAAGAGGAGGUUAGACGACGGAACGAAGGUUGGCGUACGGUGGAGACGGACGCGCACCGGGGAACAAUUAAUCGUGCAAGAUGGAAAACGCAACUAGCGCGCACCAAGGAAUGCGCGUGAUGCGCGUAACAUCGACAAUCAGGGCCGUGAUUGCGCUACACGGGAAUCAAAUUAGCAUCGCCAUUAGAACCCGGACCCGGGGAGAGCUAUGGGGGAUACCGAUAGGCGUAUUUGCCCCGAUCUAUCGGGGGUCCGCCCCGAUGGAUCCUUUUUCCAGCCAGCUUUUUCCUUUUAUCAGGGACUGACUUUAUCCUCCUCCCGUUUUCUCGGGGAUUGCUUACUCGCCGUUCCAUGCGCGGGGUGUUAACGCGCAUUCGAUUCCUGUGUUCGACGUUGAAAUUGGGGCGAAAUUUCGGGAGAAGAAAUUACCGAUUCCCGUGAGAUUCGAUCAUGGAUUUUUCGACGCGACGAUGAUUAAAGUUUUGUCAAGAUAUCGGUGACUGAAUAAUCGAUCGAUUUGAUCAACGCGAGUCAAACGGUUUUUCUUUGGACGUUGGAUGUUAGAAUCCAUGGAUUAUUGGAACGUCCUGUAUCGAGUCUUGUGCGCGGCCAGAGGGAAGCACGUGCGUUGCGUGGCACGCGUUGCACGCAUAAACCCCGACCCAGCGUGUCCGCUCGUGUAUUCGACCGCUCCCUUCAACGAGAUAAACGCUCGGCUGGCACGCAAAUGCGGAAAGCCGUCGAAUCAAUCGCGGCAUUGUUCCUUAGCGAUAGGAAAUAGGUGAACGGAAACUGAUUUAAUGAAAGCCAUUACGCUCCUCCUCGCAUCUAAUCGCUUAAAUAAAAAAAAGAGGGAGGAGGAGCUGUUGCGAAGCAUCGGUCGGAAUUUUCUCGACGAUGCCUCUGCUACGGUCCAACACGGGUUUGCGACACGAUUCAUCUCGAUUCGUCGUUUCUAAAUAAAUUUAUCGACUAUCGAGCGCGCGAAUCGAAACGAGUUUCGCGUACAACUUCAACUAGCAAAGUUUGAUAAUGGAGUUCUAUUAAAAUUCCCAGUGUAUCUAAAACACUGUACGAUAAUGAACGGAAAAUUUACGAGUAUCUCAAUAUCACGAUGCAUGGUGACUUCGACCAUCCUAACACACAGGAUCUCGAAAAUACGUCGAAUCGAUGCGCGACGACCAGCACUUCCAACGGAAUGAUUAACCUCAAUUUCGACGAGGAAUGGUUGACCUACGAAAAACUCACGGAAAUAUUUCUGUUUCAAACGAUUUCGAAGGCGAAAUUGACCGAUCCUCGACCCGUUAGAUUGUGCAAGACGAUACAACAACAAGCGAAAUCCGUAGACGUGUUGAGACAUGUUCGUCAGUCUUCGAAAUUAGCGAAGAACAAAGUAGUGGCUCUGAAAAAUGCGAACCAACCGGUUAUUUUCGAUAAAAGAGCGGAUGGGGAUAAGGCUAGGGACGUUGCGCCAAUACCAAUGAGAAAAAGCCUCUUCCCAUACGUGUCUCCUUACGUUCUCUUCCAAAGCCACGAUCACGUACCAACGAAAAAAUUGCCAAGGGAUUUUGUCCAACUUUUCAAAUGGAAGUUCACUAGCUCCAUGCCCAGGAUAUUGAUCAGGAUCCUGGUCAAUUCUGGAUACGAAGUGGUGAACAAAGGAUCGGAUUGGUCCGCCGUUUGGAAUCUGUCUAGCAAAGACGUAAUGAGGUUUCGACGUAUGAAACCGUUCCAAAAGGUAAACAACAUGCCCGGUUCGCAUAAUAUUGGGGACAAGGAUUUAUUGUGGACUCACUUGAACAAAAUGUCGAAGAAAUUCGGAUCCGAUUACAACUUCAUGCCUCGUACGUACAUCCUACCCAAGGAGAUACAAAAAUUCGAGAGCAUGUGGAGCAGACACGGCAUAGGAACCACGUGGAUAAUCAAACCACCGUCCGCCGGUCGUGGCCAGGGUAUCAAGAUUGUUAAUCAAUGGUGGGAAAUACCAAAGUGGCAUUCGGUAAUCAUUCAACGAUACAUCACCAAGCCGAAACUAAUCAACGGAUUGAAAUUCGAUCUGCGAAUAUACGUUCUUCUAACAAGCAUCAAUCCGCUCAGAAUUUAUAUCUAUCAAGAGGGAUUGGUUCGUUUCGCUUCGGUUAGAUAUAUUCGUGGAAGCAAUUUAAACGACAAAUAUAUGCACCUGACAAACAGCAGCGUGAACAAACAGAAUCCCGCAUACGUGAUGAACGAUGGAGUGAAUUCGUUCAAAGGGCAUAAAUGGUCUUUCUCGAGUCUAUGGUCCUAUCUAAAGCAGGAGGACGUGAACGUUAGCGAAUUAUGGUCCCUGAUCAAAAACAUCAUUAUCAAGACUUUCGUAGCCGUGGAAUCUAGCAUGAACGCUGCCAUUUCGGAAAAUCUUGUUUCGAGUUACAGCUGUUACGAAUUGUACGGUUUCGACGUACUUCUCGACGAAAGUUUGAGACCCUGGUUACUCGAAGUCAACAUUCUACCCUCGUUGCAAACCGAUUCGCCGCUCGAUACUUCCAUCAAGGGUACUUUGGUGAAAAACGUGUUGAACAUGGCUGGCUACCAGAUACCGAAAAACGAGCAAGUUUCGAGUAACGGUAUAUCCAACAAGAAGUACGACUCGAUCGCGCACAAUUACAAACUGUACAGCACGGCUUUGAAUCUUCAAGAGAAGACGAAACAGAACGAGAUCAACGCGAUAGAAACACGCGACGAAUAUUUGGCCAUUAUACUCGAGAAUCUGACCAGGGACGAUAUCAGACAAUUGAUUCGUUACGAGGACGAGCUCAGCCAGGUUGAAAACUUUGAGAAAAUUUUCCCUACCAAAAAUAGCUACUGUUAUUUCAAAUUCUUCGAAGUGAAGAGAUACUACGACCGAUUAUUGGACGCUUGGGAAAAUCGUUAUUCGGAUAACAGAAUGGAAGGUAUUCGUAGGCUGCAGCGAUAUUGCGAGAAUAUGCAACAUCUAGAUCAAAAUGAUUGAUCUAGAUUGA